AUUUUCAAGAUGGCGGCGACCAUGGGAAGGUUGACGAGUGUCUUGCGUCAGCAGGCAAAUUCCACAGUUUGCAGGCCCCUGUUCACAUCUACAGCCGUACACGAUGAGAAGGCAGAGGGUGGCAAGAGCUGGUUCACUAAACUGUUCCCAGAGAAGAUCCAGGCACCCACGGACGCACACUCCCGUCUGCUCACUGCCAAGGACCUGGUCUACGAGAUGCAAAUCCAUGAUGUCAAGCCAGAGUAUUUUGAACAAUAUAAGGAAAUGACAGAGGAGUAUUACCCCAGGAUACACCAGUCCUCAGAGUUCCCAGGAGAGGUCAAGGGGUCAUGGUACACUGCCUUUGGAUACCAGGAUCAAGCAGUGCAUCUGUGGAUAUACAGAGAUGGUUAUGAUGGGGUCACCAGAAGUGAAGAGGCCUUACUGGGUGACAAGGAGAUGCGACAAUUUAUAGAGAAGCGUCAGAACAUGCUGCGGGCUCGCAGUAACCAGCUGUUGUUAGAGUUCAGCUUCUGGGGCGAGCCACAGCCACGGGAAGGCUUCAACGUGUACGAGAUGAGAAGUUAUCAACUCAAGCCAGGGACGAUGAUUGAGUGGGGAAAUAACUGGGCCAAGGCCAUCCCCAUAAGAAGGGGUUAUACAGAAAGGGAGGUCAAUGACCUGAGGAGGAAACAUGGAGCUGAUUGGGCCCGCGGUAUCCAGCAUCGUCAGGAGAACAGCGAGGCAGUCGGCGGGUUCUUCUCCCAGAUCGGCCCUCUGUACUGUGUGCACCAUCUCUGGGCGUACAAAGAUUUACAAGCACGUAAGGCAACCCGUGAGUCUGCUUGGAGGAAGCCAGGCUGGGAUCAGUGUGUUUCAUAUACAGUGCCGCUGAUUCGCAAGAUGGAGUCCCGUGUGAUGCACCCUGCUCCGUUCUCCCCUCUGCAGUAGUGGAAUAACCCAUGAGGAGGAAAAGCUUCUUAACCAAUCAGAAACUCAGAAUUACCCCCCUCACACACACACACACACACAUUGUCAUAAACAUGUGCAUGUAUUUUGGAUCAGUCCAUUGUGUACCUAGGAGUUGAGCUGUGUGAAAAGGUUGAAAUGCUGCAUGUCCUCUCUUGAAAACUUUAUUGACAAAUGGCAUCCAGCAAGGUACCAUUAUGGUGUAUAGUUGAAAUUGAAACGUAUGUGCUAGGCAAGUGCCAUGUGAUACGAUAGAUAAAUCUUUCAAUGUUAAAAUCUCCCUUCCCCACUACAAAUGUCUUACUGUUACUCGAGUUUGGAUACCACCCAUAUGAGAUAAUGAGUUCUUAGAGUGCCUUUAAUAUUCUUUAAUGCAGGUAUCAGUUGUCUUGGGGAAAUGCAAUAGAUAAGUUUGCGUAAGCUGUCACAAGCUUCCAAUUAAUCAUUUUGACUGCAUAUGUGGAUGAUGCUUCUUUUCUUAUGCUGAUAAAAGGAAGUUUACAUAUAUUUUGCAGCUGACUUGUUUAUUCAGUUUGAGAUACAAUCUCUAGUUUCAUCUCAUGGCUUUUUUGGUGAUGAUGCCUCAAGGACAGAGCAUUUGAAUUUAAGUUGAUAUAUUUCAAGUUUAGAUGUGUAUUUAGAUACACAAAGUGUUUGCAAUGCAAGCUACAUGUUUUCUUUGGCAAUGUCUGAAGAAUGUUGUCACUGUGCGCAAUUCAGUGUUAAUCAUAAGGGGUACACAUUGAGAAGAAGGUGGGGGGUGGGCAGGUGUUAGGUCAUAGUCAGGUGUGCAAAAACAUGGAUAUAAGGGUGGGUUGUGGCUUGGGGUUAGCAUUACAAACACUAAGAUUAGUGGUAAGAAGAAACCUGUAUGAAAAAUCAAGUUGCGUAGUUUUGUGGGAAUCCAGAAUGCUUGUACAUUAGUAUAACAGACUUUCUUCCUUUGAUGACACAAGGCAGUGCUGUUUCAAUAAUAAAGUUACCAUAACAGUUAGGAUUAACUACAACUUAAAGCAAUCCAGGCUGCUUUUUUGUUUUAGUUGCUGGGUGGUAACACCUAGAACUUGAUUUGCAAAGCUCACUUUUGCUAGUUUUCUCCUUUGCUAGGGUAAGUCCUUUCUUACUGACUUCUCCCUUGUGGUGCAUGACGAAGCUCAAACUUUCAAAGCACAGAAAUGAUAAACACCAUUUUGACACUCAGGUCAGCAUUUACAUCAUCAUCAAGGGACAUCCGUCUUAAGAAAAACUAUCAGAAGUUGAAUUCACAACAAUUUUGAUGAAAAUUAUUACAACUACAUGUAGUUUCUUAGAGCUACAAAUGUGAGGGAUAUAAAGUGUGAAGCUACCAGUAUGGCCAAAGUGUCAGAGAAAGCGUAAUGAUAGGAUUGUCGAGGCAGCUUGAUAAGGAGAGGUAGAGGUUAUAUAUCAUGUUCAUAUGAUAGUAAUUUUGAACCGUAGAGUUUUGUAGCAGAUUAAGUCAGUUUGAAGACUAAAGAUAUUUUCUCAAUAGGACUGUUAGGUUAUUGCAAAUUGGCACAUUGAAUAAUACAUUAUUUCUCCGACGUCAUCCAGGCACAGACGCGUCUUACUUGGCGGGAGAUGAAAUACGAAACAUGGAACUACAUGUGUAUAUUGGUGCUAGGGUUAAGUAUUAUAUGUUCUGGUUGGAGCCAAUUUCGUGCUAACCAACUAGCCAAAACAUUUAAAAAGAAUGACAUGAAAGUCACCUAAAAUGUCGACGUGGACAGUACUGGUAACAUCACGUGUUCUUCAUUCAAGGAGGGAUGGUUUUGUAGGUGUGUGUGUCGGUGUAAAUAAAUAUCACAACGUAGUUUUGUCAAGUUCUGUAAUUUUUAUUGUUGUACACGUACUUUUUGGGGGGAUUGAGGUAGCUCUGGUUAUGAGUAAACAUAUUAAAGUGUUAUGUCUUUGUA